AUGGAGUGGUCCAAAGAUAAAACUCUUAGAUUGAUCGAGUUAUUGCAAGUAAACGCUAGCCUCUGGAAUCCUUCACUUUGCGAUACUCGUAGGGACAAACAGAAAAGAAAAGAGGAGCUUCGCGCUAUUUCUGAUAUAUUAGGAAUAUCUGUGCCCGAUACUACUAAGAAAAUUCAGCACUUAAGAACUCAGUACAACAGGGAGUCUGCAAAAGAAGCACGCGCUAAUGCAGAGGACCCUAAUGAAAGAUACAUAAGUAAUUGGUACGCCUUCGAAUAUCUACAUUUCUUGAAAGACUCAAACAAGCCGUACAGAGUUCUGCAAACUGAAGAAAACUCGGAAAUAAAUGGAAACCUAACUAACCACAAUGAUACAUCUAUGCCAGAUUGCAAACUGGUUAAUUUAUCACCUCCACAUAAGAUACAGAGAACAGACAUUUUACAUCCUGUGAAAUCUGAAAUAGUGUAUCCGUCAUCACCAAGAAGCCGAGAUGAAUUUUCAGUUUUUGGUGAAUAUAUAGCCAAUGAGCUUAGUAAUGUUAUAACAGAGGGAUUUAUCCAAAAUUUUUCUUAUCCGAAACAAAUUAAAUUUUCGCCGGACUGGAAAAGUUUAGAUACGCGACCGUUGCCACCUUGGUACGAUGAGGCAAAGAUUGGUAUAUUUUUACAUUGGGGUGUAUAUUCUGUACCUGGGUUCUCCUCUGAAUGGUUCUGGAGCGAUUGGCAAGGGGGUGAUCAAAAUAUACAGCAAUUUAUGAAGGAAAACUAUCCCCCAGGUUUCACAUACCAAGAAUUUGCACCUAUAUUUAAAGCAGAGUUUUUUCAUCCUGAAAAAUGGGCAGACCUUUUUUUAAAAGCUGGUGCUAGAUAUGUCGUACUUACAAGUAAGCACCAUGAUGGUUUUGCCCUGUUCCCUUCCAAACGAUCUUUCAGCUGGAAUUCAUAUGAGGUUGGCCCUAAACAGGACCUUGUCUGUCAACUGUCUAAAGCUGUAAGAGAAAAGGGAUUAAAAUUUGGUGUAUAUCAUUCUCUAUAUGAAUGGUUCAACCCCAUUUAUAAGGAAGAUAAAAAUAACAAUUUCACAACUCGCUAUUAUGUUGAUACUAAGCUUUGGCCAGACCUUAAACAGCUCAUCAUUGAUUAUGAGCCUUCAAUCUUGUGGUCUGAUGGAGAUUGGGAGGCUCACGAUACAUACUGGAAGUCAACUGACUUUUUAGUAUGGCUAUACAAUGAGAGCCCGGUUAAAGAUGAAAUUGUUGUAAAUGAUAGAUGGGGCAUAGGAAUUCCUUGUCAUCACGGAGACUUCUAUAACUGUGCAGAUAGGUAUAAUCCUGGUGAGAUUCAAAAACACAAGUGGGAGAACGCUUUUACUAUUGAUAAAAAGUCUUGGGGAUUCCGUAAGACAAUGGUCUUGAAUGAUACACUGACAAUGGGGGAAAUUCUGUACCAAGUUGCGUCAACUAUUAGUUGUGGAGGUAACGUGCUGAUAAACGUGGGCCCGACGCAGCACGGCACCAUAGCGCCGAUAUUCCAGGAGAGGCUCCUCGGCCUCGGCGAUUGGUUAGCGCUGAACGGAGAGGCGAUAUACGAAUCGUCCCCGUGGCACCACCAAAAAGACUCCCUUAACUGGGACGUCUGGUACACGUGCCAGAGGGACAAGCGCUACCGGAACACUACAGCCAUGCCCGCUUCCAACGACUCCGUUAGCGGAGUCUUCGCCAUUCUCCUCUCCUGGCCAAAGGAUAGCCGCCUGACGCUAAAGGACGCGACCGCAUUAAUUCAAACGGGCGAUUACAAGAUCGAGCUAUUGGGAAAUGGGAUUCUUAACUGGAAAAUCGCCAAUGGUGUAACAUUUAUCGAGCUUCCAGACAAAGCCACCGUUAUUUCAGAAAACGCAUGGGUUUUAAAAAUAUACCAG